CACCCACAACCAAAUGUUACGAAGAUGAAUGGGCCCCAAACCUCACAUCAAUCGAUCAUAAAACCCACCCUUGACAAUAUCAAGCGAAUAGAGACUGUGGAUGAAAUCCGUAAUGCAGUAAGUCACGUCUUUCAAGAUGCUCAGCUCAGUUUAUCGGGGCAUAGAAAGCUCGUUCUAGUAAUGAAGAACAUCAUGAACAAAGCAAUAGAGUUGAACUUUGCAGAACACUUUGCCAUGUAUUUUACCAAGUUGAUAAACAAGAUUUUGCCAUUGAAAAAGGGCGAACAAGUGGCCGAUAGAAUCGCCAAGUUCUGUUCCUCUUUUGUCGCAAGCGUAUCGAAGGAUGAUCUAGCAAGAAGGCAAGAGAAAGAAGUCCAAAACGAACGAGAUGAGGUGGAUGAGAUGGACGAGGGCGAGGAAGAGCAGGAAGAAGACACAUACGUGAGUGCCUUCAUCAAAUACUUGAUCCAUCAUCUAUUGAGAGGCGUCGAAGCUAAGGAUAAGAAUGUCAGGUAUCGUGUUGUUCAAAUACUUGCAUACUUAGUAUACUACAUUGGGGAAAUAGACCAUGAUACUUUCGAGGCGUUAUACACCUCUUUGAACAAAAGACUUAAUGAUAAAGAACCAACUAUUCGGAUACAGGCGGUGGUGGCAAUUUCAAGAUUUCAGUCUUUUAAUUUCGACUUCGACGAUCAAGAAGAUAGUCCAUUUAGCUUUCCAUUGAACAAGGACCUGAUAACUAGCAAAAUAGUCUCAACGAUCCAAAAUGACGACAAUGCUGAGGUAAGAAGAGCAGCCAUUUUGAACUUGACAAAAAAUCAAACCACAAUCCCUUACCUUAUCGACAGGUCACGGGAUGUUAACAGCAUAAAUAGACGGUUGAUCUUUUCCAGAAUUUCUCGUGAAUUAGGGGAUUUCAAAAAUAUUGACUUUACUCAAAGAGAGUUUUUAUUAAAGUGGGGUAUGAACGAUCGAAAUGAUUCAGUUAAACAGGCUGCAGUCAAAAUGGUAAACACAUAUUGGUACAGUGCAGCAAAUGAAGAUAUUUUGGAGUUGAUAGAGGUGUUAAGAGUUACUGAGAGUAAAGUGGCUGAUCUUGUAAUGUCAGAAUUCUUUAAAGGGAAAGAAGAUAAGCUUUACUCAAUCAAGAUUGAUGACAGCUACUGGAAAGCACUAACUGUCGAAAAGGCAUUCCUUAUGAGAACAUUCUAUUAUCACUGCAAUGAUAACAACUAUUAUGAUUUGAUAGAUUCAAAUUUUCCCGAAUCAAUUGACUUGGCAGAAACUCUUGAGAAAUAUCUUCAAUUGAGAAUAAGGUUUUUAUCAGAAAAUGAUGCCAUCAUUAAGAAAUACGAAGAUCACGAACAACGGAUAGAAUUCGUCAAAAGUCAAUUGUUUACAGUUGAAAAUGCAUUAGUAAAAAUCAGGUAUGAAGUGGAGGCUUACAAGAGAAAUCUCAGAGAGACAACAAGCAAUAUCGAAGAUUACGAGGAAUUAGCCAAGCUUAUUAAGAAAAGAUUGUCGAAGUUAAAAGCUAAUGAUGAAUCUUAUCAGGAUCUUCUAACUGAAGAUAACGAACAAAUCGUUGAACAACUUAUAGAAUUUUCACCUGAAGAAUUAGUUCAAAAGCAAGCAGAAAUAAAGAGUUCAAUUAAGUCAAGCAAAGCUGAGGUCAAGGAAACUGAAAAGGCUAUAAUUGGCUGCGAAUCAAGGUUCAAACAAGGAACUGAAAAGUAUCACUCAUUGUCGAAGGAAAAAUUAGAAGAACAAGAAAGAUUCAGUCAACAUGAUGAAGAGUAUUUACCAUUUGCAGACGAGUUGAAAGAGUUGGAAUUCAUUAUUGAACAAUUGAUGUUGAUUUCGAAGGAAUUCGAUUUCAGCGACGAAAUAGGAAGAAGAAAAAUGUUACAGAUUAUCAGAAAGUCCUUGACAGAAGACAAGCUUUCAUCCAGCUUAAUUUCUAUAGGAUUGCAAGUGUUAAGAAAAAUUUCAAUCAAUGAAAAGGAUUUCAUAACUAUGGCCACUGAAAUAAUUACAGAUAUAAGAGAUUCCUACGAAAGCGAUGACGAAACUUUCCAUUCGGCAAUCUCAGGGUUUGAUGAGGAAGACGAGGACGAAGAAGAUGAAGAAGAAGGAGGAGAGGCAGAAGAAGGAGAAAAGGAAGAAGAUUCAAAGUCAAGUGGUGAUUCCGAACAGCUCCCCGAAGAUAGGGAAAGCACAGACGCAGAAUCAGGAAAUAAAGCAAAUCAAAGGAUAUCAUCACGAAAGAUCAAGAAGCGUAAAAUAGAGCCAAAACUUCCUCCAGAUGAGAUUGUGAUUAGAUGUUUGCGAAUUACACAGAAUGUGUUGGAGCUUAUCGAGGAUCCCUUAGAGAACCAUAUUUCUUUAGGAUCUAUUUACUCGGGGCUAGUUAAUUAUGCUAUAAAAUAUAGUGAAAAGUACACCCUCCACUUGCAAGGCUUGACAUGUUUGGGGCUUUUUGCGUUGAUUGACAAGAACACUGCUCAAGAUGCAAUUAGUACAUUCUUUGCGGCCAUGAGAAACUCUGGCGAAGAUGUUCGAAUAAUUGGUAUUAAAGCAAUCAUCGAUAUUCUUUCCACAUAUGGGACAACACUUAUAGAUUCGCGGGCAUUGUAUCAAUAUGGUAAGUUGUUUUACAAAUCGUUGAAUUCAUUUGAUAUGCCAAAGCUUCAGUGUGUUGUGGCAGAGGGCCUUUGCAAACUAUUUUUGGCUGACGUUUUUAGUGCAAUCGAUAAAACUGAGGAAGAAAUAGAUGAUGAAAGACCAGAACUCGAAACAGAGAAGCAAUUAUUUGAAGCAUUAAUUUUGAGUUACUUCCAUCCAUUGACACAAGAAAACCAGGAAUUGAGACAAAUAUUGGCGUUUUGUAUUCCGGUGUAUGCUUUCAGCCAUCCUAAGCAUCAGUUUAGAUUGUCGUCAGUUAGUGGAGACUGUAUGUACAGAAUGUUCAACGAAUCAAGCGACUUCCUCGAAUAUGAGAACAAAUUGUCCCCUCUGCAAGUUGUACAGCAGUUAAUCUACUGGUGUGAUCCAAACAAUUUGGUUAACAUGACCCCAGAGUCGACUAAAAUACAAACAUCACAAGUUUGGCAAUGUGUUUACUUGUUACAAGUAGUCGAACAAGAUACUACAAAAGCUGUGAAGAAAGCGAUCCUUAACAACUUAACCAAGAUUUCAAUUACCCCAGCUUUGGAAUCGAAGGUGUUGAAGGGACUUCUCGAGGCCAUAGAAGGUACUAAAGAGUGUUACGAUCAAAAUACUCAAGAUCCCGAAUUUCAAUUUGACCGGUUGACUUUAAAGAAUUUCGAAGCUUUCGAGACAUCCGUCAAAGAGCUGUACGAAGCAGCAUUAGCGAGGGAAAUAAGUGAAGAACAAGCUACUCCUAGAUCAUUUAGUAGGGCAAGCUCAAUAUUAGAGGAAAUUGAGGAUAGCAAGGAUAAUUUAGUAGGGUUGGAUGAAGAUAAACCAAGCUCAGAUGAAACUGGCGUUAUUCAUGAAAGGACUCCUCAAGAAGCAAACGAUGAAGAGGACGUUAAUAUGGACGAGUCCAAAGAGAAGGAGGAGGAUUCUUCCAAAAAAGAGAUAGACAACCAGUUAAAGGAAAUCGACCAGAUGUUGGACGAAGAGGAUGACGUCGAGUAUGAUAUACCCAUGGUUGAAUAGUUUUAUAGCAAGUAAUAAUAUGGUGGUAAUCUAGGGACUACCCUUCACGAGAUUUUCAGCACAUGCUUAGUACUUUCAGGACCUCGUAACUUGGAACAACUGACUGACUUGGGGGU